AUGUCAGCACUUUUAUUCUCACCCCUUGUCAUGGGACUUGCAGGCCCUGCUGUACUCACUACACUUGGAACCCUCUUCAAAACGGCCCUAGACAAUGGACUUCCCCUCGAUCCCCAUAUUGCCUUCGGAAUGCAAUUGCUUGGAACGGCUUUGAAGGAUAAACGACCGAAACUUGCCAAUGGCCUAGCAGGACUAGGUAUAGAUAUAUUACGAUACACUCUAGAGCUACAACACAAUAAGGACCGAAAAGCGAUAGCAAGGAGAUUGUCGAAAGUGGUGGUCAGUGGAUUGAAUGAUGCAGUCAAGAGUGGCUUCCGAGAUCAAGUUGUCAUUAUAAUAGAGGGCCAAUCGAGAAUUUUCAGUGAUGCCAUUAGAAUGGGUGACGAACAGGCAACCAGUACCAUUGCACAAGUCGGUAUCAUUCUCCUAAUGGAUUCUAUCGAAGACAGUCCAGCCGAGCUUCAACCAAGUUGGUCGAUUACGCAAUACUUAUCAAGAAUCAUGGUGCUGGAACUGGAUCGCGGGCUGUUGACUACCAGGCCCUUGGUAGAAAGGUGCAUGGAUACCAUUAUGGAAGAAUUUUUUACCGAUUUUACCAAGGAAAAGAACAACAAGAACGGGGUAUCAUUGAUUAAAGCGGUAAUCGAGAUGAUUAAAAUGGCGGUUUCAGAGAAAAAGAUGGACAUUUUUAAAAUGUUCGCGAUGUCUAUAGCCAGGACACAGGAGCGAGCACUUGCGGAAGGCAAAGAGAACAAAGUAUGGUUCGUACUGCGCGAAGUGUUAACCGCGGUCUCUUCGGCAAUCAAGAAUCUCAAAAUGAGAGAUGCUUUGGCGAUCUCGGAAUGGAUACAAGAGUUACUGACAGCGGCAAUCAAUACCGAUGCUAGAGAGCUGAUGGGAAUCAUAUCAGAAUCUUGGCUCACCAAAAUAGACGAGAUCACACAGCAGGACGGACACACCCAGGUGGCUCAAGACCUGAUGAAGCCAUGGGCAGAAAAAUCUUGUAACACGAAAGCGACGUGGAAAACCACAAUUGAGUUGCUGUCAGGCGUACGGCCCUCCAGACUCGAAAGCUUAACAAAGGCCGACUUGGCAGGCAGAAUGUCGCUAUGGUGGGUUAAUGCAUUACAAGUCUUAAUUGAUGAGGGCUCCGAAGAUCAAAUAGAAAGCAUCAUAAGGGGCACAAUGAACCAAGAAGGGGCUCCCUCGGUAUCGAUUAACCUCCUCCUAACCUCAAUCAAGAUGGACAAGGUGCAGGUUACAAGAUGCCUGGCAGGUUGCUGGGCAUGGGCGCUGGAGGACGAAAUUGAGCGAAACCAUGACAAAACGGCGGAAGGAAUGUUGAACACGGCGAGGCGAAGUUAUCGCGAGGCUCUUGCAAGGGGCGAUAGAGAGGAGGCAGGUCUGCUUUUAGAUGCGGCGCAUGAAAUCUGGAAAGUUGGCCAAGUUGAUGCUGCUGUGCAAGGAGUUCUUCAGUCAGCCGAGUGGAUUGAGAUGAUAGAUGACUGA